AGGUAUCCAUGUAUACCUACUAGGAUGUGCCAUACAGACUCUCAGCGUACGAUACCUAGGCAAGGUACAGUAAGUAUUGCCUGUUGGGUAAGCCAGCAUAUGCAAGUCAACACAGCCGCACGCCUCCUCCGAGCAAAAAUGCAGAGAACCUGACCUGAAUAUUGCACACCCUCCGAGACACCCUGGACAUGAUCAGUGUGCCGUGCAGCUGCAGAUGCAUCGCAGAUGUGGAAGAGGCCAAAGAGCCUGGCUAGUCUGGUCGGGCUUACGCUGCCCGGGGCGGGCUUGGAGGUCGGUGCCCGUCAUGACCUGUAGGGUGACUUGGUGAGUGAGGUGGCUUGGCUCCCUCCAACAGUGGGCCGCCGUCUAUAGCCACUUCACUAAAACACUAAAUACAGGGCUGCCUUUUAGCUCAUCAGUCCCCGCUCCGACUUCACCAGCACCAGCACCAGCACCACCAGCGGCUUUUCUAAGUUACCCACCACCAGCACCACCGUGACCUCCCAACCCCAAAGUAUAUCAUCUCCCCACACCACCUGCAUCCUCCGUUUCCCCUUCCCUCUUCUUCUUCCUUCUUUACGAGCAAUUCGUCCUACGUUCUCUUUCUUCUUACUCGGUUGCGGCAGCUUAGCAGGCGAUUUCACCUCAAAAGAUCAGACAAGAUAAUACUAUAGUACAGCCCAUCAACCUCUACUAUCCCACCUAUCUACCAAUCCCUGCUCUGCUCCGUCUUCCGACAUUUCUCUUUAUUUGAUAUAUUAUUGUUCGACAUCACUGGCACCGUAUUCCGCCUUCAAUCAGCGAUAAACGCAACGCCCGACGCCGACGUUUGACGUUUAUUAAAACGUCCCGUUACCGUUCUACGAUACCCGCCACCCCCCGUUCCGCCCUAGCGAUAGACAUAGCAUAGACACCCCUGCGAUCCGCUCCGCUUCGCUUCACUAACAUGCCCGUCCAACUACUUCCGGCGUCGGCCGCCGCUUUCGCUCCCCGGGCUUCAUCAGUCAACGUUGUCUUGGGUUCAAAAGUCGAGUCUUGGCUUACACAGACUCUCAAGCGCAUCAACCGUGUCAAGCGUCCUCUCAACUCUGUACCCCAGCAUCAGCGGUGCCUCACCGAGACUCUCUCGUCACCAAACGCCAUAUGGACCUUGACCUCUCUCAUGCUGCCCAAGACCCCCGAGUCAGACUUCAAGCGUGAUGCCAGCAACCCUCUGGUCGAGGCCAUCAUGAACUACGAGCUCAUACAUGUCGAGGCUUACAUUGUCCAUGUCGACAUGGUUCUGCGAAAUGAGGUCGCCUACAAGCUCACCAAGGACACCAUCGAUGCUCUCGUCGAGUACCACAAGGAAAUCCACUGUGUCGAUGCAAAGGCCAACACCUACGACUGGACAGACAAGGAGCAGCAAUGCAAGAAGCUUCACGACGAUUUUGUUCAAGACAUCAACAAGUUUGUCUUCCGCACCCACGUCUCUGCUCUCGAGGGUCUCGAGGAGGAGGGCGCUGGUGAACUCCUCUGUGGCAAGAGCGAGGAGGUCAAGAACUGCAUCAGUGCUCUUAUGAAGCCCCUGUUACCCCCUCCUCCUCCUCGUGUCGUCGAAGUUGUCCGACAACCUACGCUGCUCCCUAGCUCUCCUGUCAACAACAUGUGGUCGCAGCAUGGUCUUCACGGCAAUCUUGCUGCUGUUGACUCAUGGAGGGUACUUCCCUCAAGCCCCAGCGUCACAUCAUCGGCCGACUCAAACACAAGUCCUAUCUGGGCACCCAUGACCAUGGAUGAUCUGUCACCUACUCCCGCCUUCACCCAGCCUCACUCCACGGCCGGCUUCUUCUGGAGCUCGCCUCAAGUGACAGCACCCAUCCCCGCUCUCCCUCUUCCUAGUAUGCUCGCCCCUGCUCAAUGUGGUGUCGGCAUGGGCAUGACAGGAAUGGGGGGCAUGAGCGGCAUGAGCGGCAUGGGAGGCUUUGGCUGGGACCGAUACCAAGAGUAUGCGACCAUCAUGUGACAACCAGGGCCCCAGGACAGCUAUCCAGUGGUGACGACCUCGAGCUAUUAAUACUGCACCAACCCCUUCCUCGUUUCCCGGAGAAAAGUUGAAGCUCUUAAAUUUCGCAGCGGCAUAGAACUAUCAUCCAUCAUGGGCACGGCAUAUCGGCGUUUUCUUGCAUCAGGAACGGUGUUUCGAACAGUUUUAUAACAAUAUCCCCUCUCGCAUUGUUUUUGUUCUUUAUCUCUUUUUCAUUUUUUAUUUUCUUUGUCUUCAUAGCAAGCGUUCUUUUGGUUUAGGGGAAUCUGGUCUUAUCACCCCCUCCGGGAAACACUCUUCAACGGUCUUUCACACAAUCUCUCUAUCGUCUCUGGACUUUUCUUUCAUCUACCACAACACCACAUGGCUGGAUCCGGGGCGGGUAUUUGGAUGCAUUUACAACUGGGCAGGGAUCCGAUACAGGCGGCUUGUUUUCUUUUGGCCUUUUUCCUUCUUUGGUUCUCAAGAAAAAGACGUACACGCAGCAAUGCACGACGCUCGGCUCUAGUCCGAGACAGAAACUUCUCUGCGGAUUCUUCGCUGAUAUCCCCGGGACUUUCUUUUUCCUUCUUUCCCCCCUUCUUUCCUUUAUUUGUUCGGUUUAGAGAGGCUUUUUGGAAGAUACCCCUUACAGACGGGGACGACACACAACUGACACACUCACUUCGCUUCGUUCUUUGGCCUGCUUCCCGAUUCACGACGAUAUUAUUUUAAUGGCGACCUCUUCUACGACUCGAUGACGAAUGACUACUUUUUUUUCAGACAUGAUACGAUUUACGAGCGAAAUCACAAAUAAUCGGCUUGAUGUCGAAACCUGACUUCUUUUCGAAAGAGUAUCGAGCACUGAACCUCACGCUUCAUUCGGCACGAUGUCCAAUCUCGAAGAUGGUGACUGGACUGGCUCCAGGACAUUGCAUCUGAACACAAGGCCGUCUCGACUACAUCGCGUACGCCACCAAGGGAAUAUCUGGGAUAUCCCCGUAAAGGCUUGACACUGGCUGUCAAACGGGAUCACCACCCUGCGCCGAUCGACUUAUAGUCUUCGGUGUGAGGAGAACGGAAGACGGAGUGAAAUCAUGGGAUUCUUCCAAUGAGCUGGGCACUACAUCUCUGCUGGGCGGAGUCAACUGCACAGUCUCUGUCUAACCCGAUCUGCUCCAGCGAGCCAUCCCCUGCGUUCAACAGCCCUAUCCGUAGGUACCCCCAUCGCCCUGAAUGUGGAUGAACGAACACAUGUUGCCGAGUUGAGGUGAGAACCAUCGCGCCAGUUGAGCCUGCUAGACGGGCUUCGGCCAGUGGAGGACGCCGCUUCGAGGAUAAACCUGUGGUUGCUCACAUUUGGGUCGGUGGAAUGACUGGGACAGGGCAGGGAUGGCUGAGGGCAGAAUGUAGGCUCAUCUCCCUACAAACCUCUCGCGCUAGAUGAGUCAUCACGCAGCUCGGCCUGCCCGACUCACCACAAAGCGGAGAGGCAGCUACAAGAGAAGGGAAUCGUUACUGCUGAGCAGUGCACUCCACCUUCUCUGGACCUUUUGAGUCCAUCGGCUAAAGAUGCUGGUAUCUAAGUGACGUGGAA